UUACAUAUUUGGUUCUCUUCCAACCGCACACCAUUCGCGGGAACGAAAACCAAUGUCCCCGUGAGUCAACAUGAAGAUUGUUUCCCGGUCGCUCAAGUUAUUGACGCCGCUCGCACAUCUUGGAUACACUCCUUGGACAAUCCUUCGUCCUUUAAGCCCCUGCUCAUUCACCCCAAGACGCUGCUAUUCACCCCCAUCUCUCUCUUUCAUGGCAAACGAUGCAGAAGAUUUCGUCAAGGGAACUAUCUUCCCCAAUGGCGUCGCUGUCAUCACCCUCGAUCGCCCUAAAGCCCUCAAUGCAAUGAAUUUAGGAAUGGACCGUAAAUACAAAGAUUUUCUUGAUCAGUGGGAAACUAAUCAAGAUGUUAAAUGCAUUCUGGUAGAAAGCAGCUCACCACGUGCUUUUUCAGCCGGUGGUGAUGUGAAGCGGAUUGUAGUGAAAUGCGAUGAGUCAGAAAUAGUUAAGGUUUUCACUGCAGAAUAUUCAUUGAUUUGUAAGAUUCACGAAUAUGGAAAGCCAUAUAUUUGCUUGAUGGAUGGCAUGACUAUGGGGUUUGGAAUUGGCCUCUCGUGUCAUGGCCGCUAUCAAAUUGUUACUGAGAGGACAGUUUUGGCCAUGCCAGAAAAUGGAAUUGGCUUGUUCCCUGAUGUUGGCUUUUCCUACAUAGCUGCUAAGAGCCCAGGACGUGGUGCCGUUGGUUACUACCUCGGAAUGACAGGAGCAAGAAUUUCUUCUGCUGCUGAUGCACUAUACGUAGGCCUUGGAACACACUUUGUCCCAUCUGAUAACUUAAUUUCUCUCAAGCAGGCACUAUUUGAACUAAAUUUUUCUGAUGAUCCUCACAAAGACGUACAGCUACUGUUGACAAAAUAUAAGGAGGUGCCGAAGGAAGAGCCUCAAUUGAAGAUGCUCUUGCCACAUAUUACUUCGACAUUUGGUCUUGAUAAAUCUGUUUCACAAACAAUAGCUGAGUUGAAGAAGCUUCAAUCAAGUAAUAAUGCAGCAGUGGCAGAAUGGGCAAGGGAUGCCCUUCUAGGUCUUGGAAAAGGCGCUCCUUUUUCUCUUGUUCUUACUCACAGGCAUUUCUCCCAAGUUGCAUCCGCAUCUGAAAAUGGCCAACACCCUUUAUCCACAUUAAAUGGUGUGAUGAAAACUGAGUAUCGAAUAGCAUUGAGAUCUUCAAUCCGAAAUGAUUUUGCCGAAGGUGUUCGUGCUGUCUUGGUCGACAAAGAUCAGAAACCCAAGUGGAAUCCUCCAAGGUUGGAAGAUGUUGACAUGAACGAAGUGGAAUCCUUGUUUGAUACAUUGACCCCUGAGGAUGAGUUGCAGUUAUAGUAAAAUGAUGAUAUAGUCGGAAAUGGCUCCACACAGAUGCAACAAUAAAAUGAAGGAUUUGGUAUUCUCUUUUGUCUUAUGAAACAAAAUUUUGCUGAAUAAAUGAUAAUUCUAAUUAAGAGCAUGUUGUUUUUCAA